CAAACAGGGGCAGUGACUUGAAUUGGCAGCACGCUCCUCAUGUGCGAUGUGAAACAUGGACCAUCCAGCGUAUCAUGGGCCGAUAAGCAAACAAAGAUGCGAGGAGCUGCUCGGGAAAAAAGCAAAGGACGGAACGUACCUCAUUCGUGACAGUGAGACCAUUCAGGGAGCUCUCUGCCUUUGUGUAUAUAAACAAAAAGUGGUCUAUACUUAUAGGAUCCUUCAAACCCACUCUGGAUCCUACACUCUACAGGCUAGCUCAGGUGUAGAGGAGAAAUUCUUCAAGACAAUGAAGGAUCUUAUCCGUCAUUACAAGCAAAGGAAUCAAGGACUUGCAACACACUUAUACCGUUCGCUGAAAAGAAAAACACUGCCAGAACAGUCUUUGCAAUGUCCAGAACCAGUAGUGCAUGAUGAGGAAAACGAAUAUGAAAAUGUUGAUUGCUCAGGGGACUAUGUCGUUGUUCUGCCAGAUGAUUUAGUCAGAAUGUGA